CCUGCCAGCUAGCCAAUGGCAGCGCCGCUGGGUUCUUUCCCGCCCCUUCCGGCGGCCUCGCUCUGGUGGCGUUGGCUAGCAACGGCGGAGGCGAUGGACGCAGCGGUGCAGCGGGCCCUGCUCAAUUACUACUGUCAGGAAUGCUACUUUCACCACGUUCGGGCCGCGGCGGAGGAGGCGCUGGGCCGGCUGGGCAGCGACCCGGUGUUCCAUUUCUACCGGGCGUACGGCGCGCUGCGCACAGGUGAUAUCCAAGAGGGUAUUCGACAACUGGAAUCCAUUAAGAACAGACAGGAGGUGUCACUUUGUGCAAUGAUGGCACUGAUCUAUGCCCAUAAAAAGAGCCCUAAUCCAGAUCGGGAUGCUAUUCUAGAGUUGGAUACAAAACUGAAGGAGCAACGAAAAACAGCAGGACAACAGGCUCUUUAUUUCGCUGGCUUAUUUUUGUGGCAUCUUGGUCGUGAAGACAAGGCCCGGGAAUAUGUUGAUAGGGUGAUCAAAGUUUCUAGUGGUGAUAAAGAGGGAUUGAUUCUGAAAGCAUGGCUUGAUCUCACUUGUGGGAAAGAAACUCAUAUUAAAAAAGCUGUGAAGUACUUUGAUGAAGCACUGCAGGAAGGGAAUGAUGUUUUUGCUCUCCUUGGUAAAACACAAUAUUUUGAGAUCCGACAGAAUUAUUCAGGAGCUCUGGAAACAGUGAACCAGAUAAUUGCAAACUUUCCAAACUUCCUUCCUGCUUUCAUAAAGAAAAUGAAGCUACAGCUAGCCUUGCAGGACUGGGAACAGGCAAUUGAAACAGCACAUAGGCUAUUGCAGAAAGAUGCUCUCAACUUAGAGGCCACAAGAAUGGAGGCCCUGCAUUUUCUGUGCAGGGAAGGCAAUAUACGUGAGGCUUCGACAAGACUGAGCGACCUACUUAAAGCAUUGGACAGGUUGGAGCCAAGUAAUUCACAGCUCCUCUAUAAAAUGGCUUUAGCUUUCAGUAGAACAUGUGGCCGGAACCAACUCAUCCUUCAGCACACACAAACGUUAGUUGAAAGAGCAUUUAAUUUGGAUUCUGACAAUGCAGAAUUCGCUACGGAGCUUGGCUACCAAAUGAUUUUACAAGGGAAAGUGAAAGAAGCUUUAAAAUGGUAUAAGACUGCUAUGAAACUUGAUGAAACAAGUGUUUCUGCCCUAACUGGAAUUAUUCGUUGUCAGCUAAUACAAGGGCAGCUAGAAGAUGCAGAGCAGCAGUUGGAGUUUCUUAAUGAAAUCCAGCAGUCCAUUGGAAAAUCUGGGGAAUUAUCUUUCUUGCGUGUGGUCCUUGCUAUGAAAAAACAAAAGAGACAAGAAGAAGUGAUUGCCUUGCUGAAUGAUGUUCUGGAUACCCACUUCUCAUCUUUGCAUGGUUUUCCUCUUGGUGUGGAGUAUUUUGAAAAACUGAAUCCCGAUUUCUUGCUAGAAAUUAUUAGGGAAUAUCUUAGUUUUUGCCCGGCACAGCCUGCAAGUCCUGGGCAGUCUCCUUCACCACUUCUCAAGCACUGUGCUUCUGUUCUUGAAACUGUGGUAAAAACUGUGCCAGGUCUUCAACAAGCUGUUUUUUUAAUUGCAAAGGUGAAAUAUUUAUCAGGGGAUAUUGAGGCAGCCCAUACUAAUCUUCAUUACUGUCUGGAAAGGGAUCCUUCUUAUGCAGAUGCACACUUACUGAUGGCCCAGGUCUAUUUGGCUCAGAACAACACUAAACUGUGUUCUCAAUCCCUGGAACUCUGCCUGAGCUACAAUUUUGAGGUGAGAGAACAUCCAGUUUAUCACUUAAUUAAGGCUCAAACCCUGAAGAAGAUGGGUGAAUUAUCAGAAGCUAUCAAGACCUUACAGAUGGCAAGGAAUUUGCCUGGAAUGAGAAAACAUACAGCUUCCUCAAAGGCGAAAGGGAAAAGAAUUGAAGUUGAUACAAGUGAUCGUGUGGCUGUCUUUCUAGAACUAGUAGAGGCUCAUUGUUUGAAUGGAGAACCGCAUGAGGCCGCUGUAGUACUGCAAGAUGCCAUUGAUGAAUUUUCUGGAACUCCUGAGGAAUUAAGGGUCAUGAUUGCAAAUGCAGAUCUGGCAAUUGCUCAAGGAGAUGUUGAACAAGCCUUGACUGUGCUCCGAAAUAUUACACCUGAACAGCCUUACUUUGUACAAGCUAAGCUGAAGAUGGCAGACAUCUAUCUUCAGUGCAGGAGAGAUAAGAAGUUAUAUGCUGCCUGCUACAGAGACCUGGUAGAAAAACUGCCAAGUGCUCAUACAUUUCUUCUUCUUGGUGAUGCAUAUAUGAAUAUUCAAGAGCCUGAUGAAGCCGUCGAAGUCUAUGAGCAGGCUUUGAAGAAAAAUCCAAAAGAUCCAGCUUUAGCAAGUAAAAUUGGAAAAGCCUUAAUCAAAACACAUAACUAUUCAAAGGCAAUCAGUUACUACGAGGCUGCCCUGAAAAGUGGUCAGCAGAGUUUUCUUUGCUAUGACUUGGCUGAACUUUUAAUGAAACUAAAGCAGUAUGAAAAGGCAGAAGUAGCACUUCAGCAAGCUUUAGAUCACGAGUAUGUUAAUGAACUGUCUUCUCUGAUGGAAGAUGGACGUUACCAGGUUCUGUUAGCAAAAAUUUACAGCAAAAUGGAGAAGAUUGAUGAAGCUAUCGCUUCAUUACAGCAGGCUCGGGAAUUACAAGCCAGAGUACUUAAGCGGGCUCAGACAGAACAGCCAGAUGCAGUUCCUGCACAGAAACAGUUAGCAGCUGAAAUUUGUGCUGAGAUUGCAAAGCAUUGUACAGUUCAGCGAAACUAUGAAAAAGCAAUUAAAUUUUACAAAGAAGCACUUGUUCACUGUGAAACUGAUAAAAAGGCAAUGUUGGAACUAGCACGUUUGUAUCUUGCACAAGAUGAUAAUGACGCCUGUCAGCAUCAGUGUUCCUUGUUACUGAGGAAUGAGCAAGAUAACGAAGCAGCAACGAUGAUGAUGGCUGACCUUAUGUUCAGGAAGCAAGACUAUGAACAAGCAGUCUUUCAUUUCCAGCAGCUCCUCGAACGCAAGCCAGAUAACUAUGCCACUCUCUCACGAUUAAUUGAUCUGUUAAGAAGAGCUGGGAAACUAGAAGAAGUCCCAAGGUUUCUUUUAAUGGCUGAAAAAUAUUCUUCCAGAGCAAAGCUUGAACCAGGCUUUCACUACUGCAAGGGACUGUAUCUCUGGUAUACAGGUGAACCAAAUGAUGCACUCCGCCAUUUUAAUAAAGCUCGAAAGGACAAUGACUGGGGACAGAAUGCAGUCUACAACAUGAUUGAAAUUUGUUUGAACCCAGAUAACGAAACUAUAGGUGGUGAAGUCUUUGAAAAUCUGGAUGCUGACAUAGGUAAUUCAACAGAGAAGCAGGAGUCUGUGCAGUUGGCUGUAAGAACAGCAGAAAAUCUUCUGAAGGAACUCAAGCCCCAGACCAUUCAGGGUCACAUUCAGCUGCGAAUCAUGGAAAAUUAUUGUCUCAUGGCAACCAAACAAAAAUCAAACGUCGAACGAGCACUGAACACUUUCACUGAAAUAGUAGUGGCUGAGAAAGAUCACAUACCAGCACUUCUGGGAAUGGCUACAGCCUACAUGAUCUUGAAACAGACUCCACGAGCUAGAAAUCAUUUAAAACGGAUUUCAAAAAUGAACUGGAAUCCCAUUGAUGCAGAGGAGUUUGAAAAGAGUUGGCUUCUGCUUGCAGACAUAUAUAUUCAGUCUUCAAAAUAUGAUACAGCAGGUGAAUUAUUAAAACGAUGCCUUCGGCAUAACAAGUCCUGUUGCAAGGCUUAUGAAUACAUGGGAUACAUAAUGGAAAAGGAACAAGCAUACAAGGAUGCAGCAAUAAAUUAUGAGAUGGCGUGGAGAUAUGGAAAUCAAUCAAAUCCAACAAUAGGAUACAAGUUGGCUUUCAAUUACCUGAAAGGAAAGAGAUAUGUUGAUGCAAUUACUAUUUGUCAUAAGGUCCUUGAAGCACAUCCAAACUAUCCAAAGAUCAGGAAGGAAAUACUUGACAAGGCCCGUGCAUCAUUAAGAACAUAACUUUUUUUUUUUGAAACUGAUUGACUUAUUAGUAUAAGGUGCCUUCAGAAGCUAUUGCAGUGACAAUGUCAGCACGAAUGUAUGGUGAAUAUGAUUAAUUUGCAUUGAAUUAAAAGUCUGGAUUAUUUUCAAGAAAAGUCUGCAGCCCUGGAAGGAAUUGUAGCUAUUCUGCAGAAAA